AUGGCCUCGGAAACGCCUUAUGAUCCCUACAUACCUGCUGGCGGCCAAGGCGGCGCGCAGCCGCCCAGCAACCAGAGAACAGCUGCCUUACAAGCGCAAAUCGAUGAUACCGUCGGUGUCAUGCGUGAAAACAUCAACAAGGUGUCACAAAGAGGCGAGCGACUAGACUCGCUGCAAGAUAAAACCGACAACCUCGCCGUCUCCGCCCAGGGUUUCCGCAGAGGUGCCAACCGGGUCCGGAAACAGAUGUGGUGGAAGGACAUGAAGAUGCGCAUGUGUUUGAUCGUUGGUAUCAUUGUGCUGCUCAUUGUCAUUAUCGUCCCAGCCGUGGUCGCCACACGAUAA